AUGGAGGGGACCAUGAGAGCUGUUUUACCUCUGAUUAGGUUUCUAACUAUUGCAACCAUUACAGUCAGUAUUGGUUUAUGCAAUGGAAAUAUGGCUGGCCCUUGCAAUGAAGGUGAAAAACAAGCACUUCUGACUUUCAAGCAACAUCUUAAAGACCCUGCAAAUCGGCUUUCGUCAUGGGUUGGUGAAGAAGAUUCCAACUGUUGCAAUUGGACUGGAGUUGUCUGUGAUAACUUAACGGGUCACGUACUCGAGCUCCACCUUGGUAAUUCCAACUCCUUAUUGAACUCCAACACUUCCUUGGGUGGUAAGGUAAGUCGUUCUUUGCUCAGUCUAAAGCAUCUGAACUACUUGGACUUAAGCAACAAUGACUUUCAAGGAAUACAGAUUCCUAAAUUCUUUGGUUCUCUUAUAAGUUUAAGAUAUCUUAACCUCUCAAAAGCAGGGUUUGAAGGAAUAAUUCCUCAUCAGCUGGGAAAUCUCACGAGUCUACGCUACCUCUGUCUUGGUGAUUACAAGCUGAAGGUUGAAAACCUUCAAUGGGUUUCUGGUCUCUCUCAUUUGGAACAUCUGGACAUGAGUUCUGCAGAUCUUAGCAAAGCAUCUGAUUGGUUGCAAGUCACAAACAUGCUCCCCUCUUUGAAAGAGUUAUAUUUGUUUGGUUGUGGACUCUAUCACAUUCCCUCUCUACCUUUGAUCAAUUUCAAUUCACUUGCCAUCCUUGACCUUUCUGCUAACGUAUUUACUUCUUUGAUGCCUAAAUGGGUAUUCAGUCUUAGAAAUCUAGUUUCUCUUUCCCUCAAUAACUGUGGUUUCCAAGGUCCAAUCCCAAGCAAUCCACAAAAUAUCACAUCUCUCAGGGAAAUUGAUUUCUCAUGGAACAAUCUUAGUCUUCCAAUACCUGCGUGGCUGUUUAACCACAAAGACCUUACUUCUUUGAAUCUAGGAUACAAUUAUCUUGGAGGGACAAUUCCAGAUGGAAUUGCAAAUAUGACUGGCCUUAAAGUUCUUAAUCUCGAGACGAACCUCUUCACUUCUACCAUACCUAAAUGGUUGUACAGUUUUAGCAAUCUUGAAUCCUUAAUUCUUUCUGGCAAUCACUUGCAGGGUGAAAUUUUGAGCUCCAUUGGAAACUUGACAUCCAUUGUUACUCUUCACUUGAAUGAUAAUCAGUUCGAAGGGAGGAUCCCAAAGUCAUUGGUAAAGCUAUGUAAGUUGGUAGAUCUUGAUCUGUCAAUGAACAACUUCACAGUUGGAAAGGCAUCGGAAAUCAUUGAAAGCUUGUCCAGUGUGUGUCCUUCAGAUCGAAUGAAGUCUUUGUCGUUGAGGUAUUGCAAUCUUUCUGGUCCCAUUCCAGUGUCCCUUGGAAAUUUGUCAUUCUUAGUGAACUUAGACAUCUCUGACAAUCAAUUCAAUGGAACUCUUCCAGAAACUAUUGGUCAGCUCAAAAUGCUUACAAAUUUGGAUAUAUCUUAUAAUUCAUUAGAAGGUGUGGUGUCUGAAGUUCAUUUUACUUAUCUUUCAAGAUUGGAGGAGUUCAGUGCCAAGGGAAACUCAAUGACACUGAAUACUAGUCGAAGUUGGCUUCCUCCUUUUCAACUCCAACACUUGUACCUAGAUUCUUGGCAUUUGGGGCCUGAAUUGCCUAACUGGCUUCAAGGACAAGCUCUGUUAUGGACUCUAAGCCUGCCGAAUACAGGAGUUUCAGGUGUCGUACCGACUUGGUUUUGGAACUUAUCUUCCCAAUUAGUUUAUUUGAAUAUCUCACACAAUCAAUUGUGUGGAGAGGUUCAAGAUAUGGUUGUUGGCCCUUCAGUGGUAAUUGACCUAGGUUCUAACCAGUUCAAUGGUUCAUUACCUUUGGUUUCCUCCACAGUUCACAUGCUAGAUCUUUCCAAUUCCUCCUUUUCCGGAUCUGUCUCCCGCUUCUUCUGCCAUAAUAUGCAUGAACCAAAACAACUCUAUCUUCUUCAUCUAGGGAAAAAUCUUCUCACUGGAAAAAUUCCUGAAUGCUGGAUGAAUUGGCAAAACUUGGCGGUUGUAAACUUUGAAGGCAACCAUUUAACUGGGAACAUUCCACGCUCCAUGGGGUACUUACUAAACCUCAAAUCGUUGCAGUUGCGAAAUAAUCACCUGUCCGGAGAAUUACCUUCAUCCCUACAGAACUGCACCAAGUUGUCAGUUGUUGACCUUGGUGGAAACAAAUUUGUCGGAAGCUUACCACUGUGGAUAGGGAGCCUUUCAGAUUUGCUAGUUCUGAACUUUCGUUCAAAUAAGUUUCAAGGCAGCAUUCCUUCUGAACUCUGUAAUCUCAUAAACCUCCAAAUCUUGGACCUCGCAGAUAACAAUAUUUCAGGAACAAUACCAAGAUGCUUCCACAAAUUUAGUGCCAUGGCCACAUUGUCGAAAUCAAACAGUCCGAAUAUUUUGUUGUACGACAUUUAUUCUUAUGGGAGGUACAUAGUUGAAGCAAUCUUGGUGACAAAAGGGAGAGAAGUCGAAUACAGAGAAAUUCUUGGAUUGGUAACUAGCAUGGAUCUUUCCAACAACAUUAUAUCUGGAGACAUCCCUGAGGAACUGACCAGCCUCCUCCGUCUGCGAACACUGAAUUUAUCAGAAAAUCUUUUGACUGGAAGAAUUCCUUCAAACAUUGGAAACAUGACACGAGUAGAAUCUCUUGACUUUUCGAUGAACCAACUUGAUGGUGAAAUUCCUCAAAGCAUGACGAGUUUGACAUUUCUAAGUCACUUAAACUUGUCCCACAACAACUUGACAGGACGGAUUCCAGAAAGCACUCAGCUUCAAAGCCUUGAUGAGUCUAGCUUUAUUGGUAACAAACUUUGUGGUCCUCCACUCGAAGAGAAGUGCGGUGCGAAAAGGGUGAUACCGGCAGCAGUUGAGCAAGACAGAGGAUACAAUCUGGUUGAAGACAAGUGGUUCUAUCUGAGCUUGGGAUUAGGAUUCAUGUUUGGUUUUUGGAGUUUCCUUGGUUUCUUGCUCGCUAACAUGCCAUGGAGCAUUGUUUUUUCAAGAUUCUUAAAUAGGAUAGUACAAAAGAUUUAUGGUGUAAUUUGUUGA